GCAUUGAGGGGCAACGACACCAAGAUUCGUAUUGUCCUCAAUAAAGCAGAUAUGGUUUCUUAUCAACAACUCAUGAGGGUUUACGGCGCCCUUAUGUGGUCUCUAGGAAAGGUAAUAUCUUCUCCUGAGGUAGCUCGUGUAUAUAUUGGUUCUUUUUGGAAUAACCCUCUACAAAAUGAUGAAAAUAGAAAACUAUUCGAGGCAGAGGUAAAUUAG